UCGCGUCGCGUCGCCUCGCCAGCUGUGUGGGUGUCUGUCCAAGUCUCUGGGUGAUCCGUGCAUCUCUAACUGUAGCUGUAUCUGUAUCUAUAACUGUAUCUGUAUCUCGAGCUUUGUAUCUUUGAGGAAAGCCGCGCAGCCGUCGGCAAACUGUUGAGCGAAAUGAGCGCCGAUUCGAAUGCGGAACGCGCCAAGCCCGUGGAGACUUUGGUCCUGGCCAACUAUGCACUGAAGGCCGAGCAGAAACGCGCCGCCGGCCAAGGUGGACGCAAGGAGGAUGAGCGCAUCACCAGCGCCGUCAUGAAGGUCCUGGAGGGUUACGACUGGAAUCUGGUGCAGGCCUCUGCCAAAGCGCCCUCCGAUCGCAAGAAGGAGCACAUCAAGCGACCUAUGAAUGCUUUCAUGGUCUGGGCCCAAGCAGCACGGCGCGUCAUGUCCAAGCAAUAUCCACAUCUGCAAAACUCUGAGCUGAGCAAGUCGCUGGGCAAACUGUGGAAAAAUCUGAAGGAUAGCGAUAAGAAGCCGUUCAUGGAAUUUGCCGAGAAGCUGCGUAUGACGCACAAACAGGAGCAUCCCGACUACAAAUACCAGCCACGCCGCAAAAAGGCUCGUCUCAUGCCCCAAUCGGAGGCAGCUAACACAGCAGCAACAGUUGCUGCUACGCCAGCAACAGCUGCAGCAGGAGCAGCCGCAACAGCAACGACAUCAACUGCGCGACGCAGCUCCAGCGGCCAUGCACCACAGCGUCGCACGAGCAAAGCCAACAGCAACUGCGCCAGCUCUAGCUUGUGCACCACCAAUAACAGCAGCAGCAACAGCAACGCCACCACCAACACCACCGACGUCUUCAGCAAUGAGGCAUUCAUGAAGUCGCUGAACAGCGCCUGCGCAGCCAGCCUGCUGGAGCAGGGCCUUGCGCUGGGCAGCGAAACAGAGCGCGGUCUGCUCGACUCGCCGUGCUCGACGGCCAGCUCGAUGUCAUCGCUGACGCCGCCGGCCACGCCCUACACGGGUGUGGCCAAGCAGCCGACGGCUAACAGUCUGCUGCUGCGCCAGCUAAGCGAGCCGAGCAGCGGCAACAACAAUGACUACGGCGUGCUUCUCGACGCGGGUCGGGAAUACGUUGCUCUGGGCGAGCUGAACUACACUACGCAGAAUGGAAACGGAGUGGGCGUGGGCGUGGGCGGUGUACAGGAGAUGGACUUUCUGGAGAAUAUCAGCGGCUAUGGCUAUGGCACGCGUGGCAGCUACACCAACUACGGCUACAACGGUGGCAACUUUCCAGCUGCCGCUGCGGCAACAGCGUCACACGCCAAUGGAGCGCUAAAUUACUUGGGCAAGCCGGCGGCAGUCGACAUUGAUCCCAAGGAAAUGGACCAGUAUCUUAUGGAUCAAAUGCUGCCCCUAACGCAACAGCAUAUGCCAACCGCGCCCGCCGCUGUGGCCGCACACUCGCCGCCGCUUAACUCAUCCGCCUCGCUGUCUUCGGCCUGCUCCAGCGCCAGCUCCCAGCCCGUCGAAUGCCUGGCCUCCCCUAGCGCAUACUACGACCAUAUGAGCUACCCGACUCAGGCAGCGACUAAUAAUAUUGGCUAUGCACACUAUGUGCCUGAAUCCCCACAGCAGCAGCAGCAGCAGCAGCAACAGCAGCAGCAGCAGCAACAUGAGCAACAGCAACAGCUGUCGCAGCAGCAGCAACAACAACAACACCAUCUUUGGGGCACUUAUGUGAAUCCCUAAGCUACUUCAUUUGCUGCUGACCUUUACGGGAGCAGUCCAUGGCUUUCGUUUAUUGCUUUAUUGUGUGUGUGUGCAAUCGCCAGAGCAUGUUGUGCAAUUUAAGCUAAUCGCAGCGAUUCUCGUUUAUGGCCAAAUUGUAGAUGCAGCCUCCAAUGGCCAUCAUUGAUGAAUGCACAAGCGAUGCUCGACAUUCAUAGCACUAUUUACGAGCAUUCCCACUUGCAAAUCGUUACCAUUGUGCCAUGACAGUUUUGGGGGCGAAAAAAAUUGAUAUGAAAAUGGCAUUGGCUACCAUUUUCGUUAGCCAAAUUGGGGUAGGGGGGACA